AUGGCCAUAUGGCUGUGGCCCGUUGUGCCCAAGAAUGCUCUCCUGUCCGACAUCAGCAAGGGUAAGCCCCUUAAGAAGGCCGUCACCAACGACCGAUCCGCUCCCCAGAUUGCCUCGUCGUCCUCGUCGUCGGCUGGUCCUCCUGUCGGUGGUGCGCCUCCCGUACCCAUCAUGGGACUGGGAGGCGCUCCCAAGCCUCCCGGCGGCUCAGCACCGUCCGUACCCAAGACAGCUAGCGAUGCUCCGGCAGCUCCCGUAGAGGCGGCGCCCCAGCUAGGCGGCCUGUUCGCCGGCGGCAUGCCCAAGCUUAAGAAAAGUAGGGGAGGCGUCGACACGGGCGCUGACGCCGACUCGUCGUACAAGUCGGAGAACAACAGUGCCCCUACCGCCUGCUCCUCCGCCCGCGCUCCCGGGGCCGGCGAGUCCCCCUCCGAGGCCCCCAACGGUCCACAAGAAGCCGCCGCCGCCGCCCAUCGCCAAGAAGCCUCCGGUCCCUACGCCUCGGAAGCCCUCUGGUCUCUCGGCGUCAUCCUCUCCGGCACUGACGGCAACAUCGCCACCUCCCCCCCCCUCGGCGGCACCGGCACCCCCGGCGCCGCCUCCUCCCCCGCCGGCCUCGUCAGCUCCUACUCCCAUGGCUCCCCCUCCGCCUCCUCCAUCCUCAGCUCCGGCCGCUCCGCCACCUCCGCCGCCGCCGCCUGCGUCGAGCUCCGCCCCCUCACUGGCAGCCCAGGCGGCCGUCCGAGCUGCAAGCCAGGCGCCAUCCCCUGCGACUUCUACACCACCGGCACCGCCGCCUCCUCCUCCAUCUGCACCCGCCCCCCCUCCAAACGCCAGCUCGCCGCCUCCUCCUCCCGAAAGCACACCGACAAGGACACGCGCCAGUUCUCUCAGACAGGCUAUGUUGGAUCCCAGCUCCUUCACUCUCAAUUCCAACGGAGGAUCCAGGAACUCGGCCAUGUCGCUGGGCAACCGCUCACCGUCACCUGGUAUCGGAGGGACCCUGUCCAGCGGUAG